CGGCGCGGCGACCUGGGCACCUGCUCCCAGGAUCCCAAUCCUCCCCCGCCUUCGGGCAGGCUGUUGUUCCCGCGGCUCCGAGGAGCGUCUGUCGUUGGGGCGGAGGGGAGGCGGUGUCCUUGUUCCGGAGGAGGCGGCACGGGACGCGUUACCCGCGGGACCGGAGCCGAGCAGCUCCCGCUUUGUCCUCCCGAGGCGCUCCUCCUCGCCGCGGCAUCUUUCCCAGAUAACGUCGAGAAUGAGUAGUGAAGGCUGGGCUUUAUUCUGCAUUGCAAAUUAAUUGAAGGACCCAGGGCCUUGAGCUUGAGCAUGCUAGUAUAAAAAGUACAUAGUGGCUCACGUGUCAAAGGAUGGCAUGGUCACGAUCUCGAUCCCCCAGGUGGAAACACAGGUCUUUAUCACCAGUACCUAGAAAUUUUGAAUACUACAAGGAAAGAUAUUCUUCUGAGCAUUAUGGCUGUGAAUAUAGAAAAGAUGCAAGAAGACCCAGUGCUUGGAGAAUGGACGAUGAGAAACAUGGACAGAAUAAAACAAGGAUUCCCCCUCGUGGAAAUUUCUAUCAUAGAUCUUAUGAACAUAGAUCACCUUCCCCAGACAUAAGAAAGUCUUUUGACAGUGUUUACACAUAUAAGCCUCACCGAGUAUACUUGUCUAGGAGAGGGGAUGGCAACAGAAGACCUCAGUAUAUGCCCACAUACUCAGAGGGUGUACCCUACCAAGAGCAUGAGAGGAAUCCUUAUCCCCAGAAAAUGCAAGGGAGGUAUAUUCCUGAUAAUUAUAGAGUGAGAGGAAGUGGGGGAAGAAGGAGGUCAAUUGCAGAUUCCUUUACAUUUGAAGGAAAGUGGCAUGAAGAUGAGUUCAGACACCAGAGGAUGCAAGAAGAAAAAUAUUCCCAGUCACCCAGAAGAGGCCCAGAAGACUUUGACACAAGGAGCUCUUUUCAGAAGAGGUAUCCUGAGGAUCAUGAUUUCAGAAAAUAUGGACACACAUCAAGAAGAACUAAGGACGUGGAGAGAUACAAAAACAGAGAGCCUAGCAGGAACCCAAAGUGGAAGUCUGAGCAUUCUUUUCCACCUUACCAAGAGAAGAAGAAUCAGCGGAACUUCGGACCCCAAGCUCACCGAUAUGCUGAGAGGGAAUACCCAGAGACAAGUUCAGCACCCAAAGUAUCCUAUGACUAUCGCCACAAGCAUAAGCUCUCGGAUGAUGACCAGGACUUUGCUGAUGGGAGAACUCAGAAAUACUUGAAAGAAGAAGAUAGAAAAUAUUCUCCAAAAGGCCCUGUAAAUAGAGAGUCAGAUUGUUUUAAUGCUGGGAGAGGGAGAGAGACUGAAGGUGGGCUAGUCAAAGAUCCUAUUAAACCACCUAAGAAAGACUGCACUCCCUGUGCUCAUUCAAGUAAAAAUGAAAUUAAUUUGAAGCUCUGUAAUGACAAAUGGAAGAAAAAAAUAAAGAAAGAAGAAGACUGCAGAAAAGAGAACAACUCUUACAGUAACCUACCGGAUAUAAGUCAGAACCUUUCCAAUGUGAAACCCUCACCUAUCAGUCUUGGGAAGAAAUCACUUACAGUUAAAGUAGAUGUGAAGAAAAAUGUAGAUCCAUCCAGGGUUGCUUCUAGCUAUUCCAGAGAGAGACAGAUGUCACAUGAUUUGGUUGCUGUUGGGAGGAAAAUUGAGAACUUUCAUCCAGUGUUUGAACAUCUCGAUUCACCUCAGAAUACUGAAAACAAAUCUACAGGAGAAUUUGCUCAGGAAAUCAUAACAAUAAUUCAUCAAGUUAAAGCAAAUUAUUUUCCAUCACCUAACAUUACUCUACAUGAACGUUUCUCAAAAAUGCAAGGCACACAUAAUACAGAUGUAAAAGAAAGUCAACUGAAUUCAGGUCCAGAAAUUCACAGGAGAAUAGAUAUAUCUUUGGCAGAGCUUCAGAAUAAACAAACUAUGCUAUAUGAAUCAGAUCAGACUCUGGUCAAAGUAAUAGAUCCAAAUGACCUACGACAUGACAUUGAAAGGAGGAGAAAAGAGCGGUUACAGAAUGAAGAUGAGCACAUUUUUCACAUAGCUAGUGCUACAGAGAGGAAUGAUCAGCAUUCCAGUUUUUCAAAGGUGAAGAAUAUUCAUACUGAUGGAUUCCAGAAAUCUACACAUUUUAUAAAAACAAAUUUUAGAAAAUUUAUUCAGAAACCUUACAUGAAUUAUACUAUGCAGAGAAAAGAUAUUACUCAGAAAUUAUCUGGAGUUGAGAGAAACCAGCAAGGCUUUAAAAGACCUUUUAAGAGUUACUUUAGAGGUGGCAGAUUCCAGCCCCAAUAUAAAUCAGACCUGGUACAGAAGAGCUUAUACAUUCAGGCCAAAUAUCAGCGUUUACGAUUUGCUGGUCCAAGGGGAUUUAUCACUAAUAAAUUCAGGGACAGGUCACCAAGGAAAGAAAAGGAAUAUACAAACAUUGCCACAGAAACCUAAUCUGGAAUUGUUGCAAAUGGAAAUGCCACUACAGGAGGAUAUUUGGGAGCAUCUCUUUUUGUCAGGAGUUAGAAUUGGCACUAAGGCACUAAUACUGUAACUUUUCUUGAUAAAAUAACUAUUUUUCAGUAGUGGAAUGUUGCAACUUUUUUACACUUAACAAUUGCUUUUAAAUUACAGUAUUCAAUUUAAAGGUUGUAUUAACUACCGUUCCUUUUGCAAAAAGUUUGAUUAGAAUCACUUGAAGGGCAUUAUUUGCUGAUGCAUUUUUCUCUGAGCAUGGUUUCAUCUAGAGAACUUAACCAAGUUAUAUCCAGAUGUUUAUAUGUUCAAAGUUUUGUUUAUGUAAUAAAGCCAAAAGUAUCUGAAUUGUAUAGUGUCUGUACAUGAAAGAACUUUAAGCAGUGGCCUUACAGUAGUAAUUUUUAUACCAAGUUUUUCUUUUUCUGAUAACAUUUUGGCUUAUAACGAAGUUUUCUUAAGUUUCUGAAGAUCAAGGCCUGUAUAAUUCAUACAUUUCAUAUUAUAAUAAGGCUAGAGAAAAGGUGCUUCAAAUUUUCCGUCAAGUAGUUGUGAAUGCACUGAAUUUUUAGUAAUAUGUUCAUUCAGUUUUUUUCCACAACUAUUUGCUGUUUUCCAGUUUCCAAAUGCUAUUGUGGAAAUAUGUAAAGAUUUUAUAACCUAUAUUCCAUCUUACUUUUCCCUCAGGGCAAGCUUGUGCAUAUCAUAUUUUUAAAGGCUUUUAAACAAUCUGACAGACAAAAACUCAUAUUUGAAAAUUGUACUUUACUACUACAGCAUUACACAUUUUGCAAGCACAUCUUAUAGACUGUUUGUUUUCAGUUCAGUUAAUAUGUACCAUGUACCUACUAUGUGUAAGAUACAAUUGAUGGAAUUUUAAAUAAAAUGUUUAGAUCCCAGUACCUUA